CAACGUAGACUAAUGAAAGCACUACACAGUUUCUGUUCAAAGAGUUUUUACUAUCAAUUUAAUUUUAAAUAUUGCAAUUUAUUUAUCAUAGUGAUGUGACAUGGACAAUUAAUGUGAUAGUUUUUGUUUUUGGCAAGAUAUCUAGAGUGUGACAAUGUGUUUGAUAAAUAUCUGUGAAUGUACUGUGGACUUGCGUUUUUUGCAUUGUAAUGUUUGGUUUUAGGAACUUUUUCUUCAAGUGCUGCUGGCGAGUCGGCGAGAUGCACACAGCCACUGCAGAUGGGCAGUUCCGGAGUACCAACGGUGCCACACACGGACGUGACAAGGUCGCCAUAUUGGAUGCUGGCUCUCAAUAUGGAAAGGUAAUAGAUCGUCGUAUCCGCGAGCUAUGUGUGGAGUCCGACAUCUUGCCGCUGGACACGCCGGCCUACCACCUCAAGGAGGCUGGGUACCGCGCCAUCGUCAUCUCCGGCGGGCCCAACUCCGUCUACGCUGAAGAUGCGCCAAGAUACGACUCCGAUAUAUUCAAGAUCGGCUUGCCGGUAUUAGGUAUAUGCUACGGCAUGCAGAUGUUGAACAAGGAGUUCGGAGGCUCCGUGCUGCGCAAGGAGGCUCGCGAGGAUGGCCAGUACGAAGUUGAGGUGGAAACCACAUGCCCAUUGUUCAACCGCCUAGAGAAGCUCCAGCCAGUGCUGCUGACACACGGGGACAGCGUGCAGAAGGUGGGCGAGAGGUUCCGCGUCGGCGCCCAGUCCUCCAACCAUCUCAUUGCUGCUAUAUACAAUGAACAGAUGCGGUUAUAUGGCGUGCAGUUUCAUCCCGAGGUGGACCUAACGCCGAAAGGCAAGCAGAUGCUAUCAAACUUUUUGUUUGAUAUCGCGGGCCUGUCGCGCACCUUCACGCUGCGGUCACGUCGCGAGGCCUGCAUACACUAUAUACGGGAAACUGUUGGAGACAACAAAGUUCUUGUGUUGGUAAGCGGUGGCGUGGACUCCACAGUAUGCGCGGCGUUACUUAGAAAUGCUCUCCGCGAGGACCAAGUCAUCGCUCUACACAUUGACAAUGGUUUUAUGCGUAAGAACGAGAGCGCUAAGGUGGAGCGGUGUCUCAGAGAGCUCGGCGUACGCUUACAUGUUAUCAACGCCGCUCACCAGUUCCGACAAGGCAGCACGGUGGUCCGCGAGGCGGGGGGCCGGGCGCGCCACACGGGGCUGCUGUGCCACACGGCGGCGCCCGAGGACAAGCGGAAGAUCAUCGGGGACGUCUUCAUACGCAUCGCCGAGCAGGCCGUGCACGACCUCAACCUGCAGGAAGACCAAGUACUGCUAGGCCAGGGCACACUCCGGCCGGACCUGAUAGAGUCGGCGUCGUCGCUGUGCUCUAGCAACGCGGCGACCAUCAAGACGCACCACAACGACACAGAGCUCGUGCGGGCGCUGCGCCAGAGGGGGCGCGUCGUCGAACCACUAAGGGACUUCCAUAAGGAUGAGGUGCGUGCGCUGGGCCUGGAGCUGGGCCUGCCGAGUGCGCUGGUGGAGCGCCAGCCCUUCCCGGGCCCCGGCCUCGCCGUGCGCGUGCUCUGCCAGGACGAGCCCUACACCGAGCGGGACUUCGCCGAGACACAGGUGAUAGUUAAAAUAAUGGUGGAGUACGCGUCGAUGUGCGUGAAGUCGCACGCGCUGCUGGGCCGCGUGGCCAACGCCAGCACCCCGGCGGAGCAGGCCGAGCUCAAGCGGAUCUCGUCCAAGUCGCCCGUCGCAGCCACGCUGCUGCCCGUCAGAUCUGUUGGAGUACAAGGUGACGGCAGAACGUAUAGUUACGCGGUAGCACUAUCGACGGAGCGCUACCCGCCCGACUGGAAGGACAUGCACUACCUCGCCAAACUCAUACCGCGUGUCUGCCAUAAUGUUAACAGGGUUUGCUACGCUUUCGGAGGAUUAAUCAAGGAGCAAGUGACAGACAUCACGCCAACCUUUCUCACACAACAAGUUAUCUCAACCUUACGCCAGGCGGACGAUCUCGCCACACAGGUGUUAGUAUCGAGCGGGUACGCGUCCCGUAUAGCGCAGAUGCCGGUGGUGAUGAUCCCGAUCCACUUCGACCGCGACGCGGCCGUGCGCGCCGCGUCCUGCCAGCGCUCGCUGGUGCUGCGCCCCUUCAUCACGUCCGACUUCAUGACCGGCAUCGCCGCGCUGCCCGGCUCCGACGCCAUGCCGCAGGAUGUCGUAGACAGAAUGCGCAAGGAGUUGAUGAGCGUGCCCGGUAUCUCGCGCGUGCUAUACGACUUAACCCCGAAGCCGCCCGCCACUACAGAAUGGGAAUGAUCACCGCGGCCCACACACUUUUAUAUAUUUUUUUACUGAACGAACGCACCCACGGGCGGUGGCCGCGGCCUUAUUGUUUUAUUUGAUGGAAGGCAUCAGCAACAUUGUGAAGGCAACUACGAACUCGACUAUACACAAACACUAUCGUUAUUUAAAUAACCGAAACGAUUCUAGACUUGUACUACAUAAUUACUCAAGUGCCUAAUUAGUGUUAUGUCGAUCUCAUGAGUUGUCAAUUCUUAUGCCUCUGUUCUCACAACUUUUCACAUACUCUCGUUUGUGGCGAAGCAGUGCCGGUCGGAUACAUGGCGGCUAUGUGUAUAAUAGCUGCCCAAGUACCAAUAUGUUUUAUUUUUCAAUGAACAUCUACCACCGGACAGUCUGCAAUCGGAAUGUGUGAAAAGGCACUUACAGUCUCAUCCCCAUGAGAUCGAUCCUAACACUCCUGUUGUUAGUUUUUAACUGUUUUCUAUCGGGAAUAUAAAUGGCUCACGUUUUUAUAAUAUACUAUUUUUGGGUUGACCAUAACGUUGAUUUUAUUUUGUUAUUAGUGUUUUAGCUAUAUCGAGUUUUAAUUUAUCAUUUCUAAGUUUCAAUGGUCGCGCCACUGCCCGAUAUAAAGAAGUUUUUGUAAAUACAUUGGUGUCACAUGUUAUAAUAUUAGCUCCACUGAUCAGUUUUGUAACAUGUAGUAAUUUAUUGUCAAAGGCUGUGUAAAAAUUUAUAAAAAGAAGCCCACAAAUAUUCCGCGCGACAAGAUUAUUAUAAAUGGAUCUUGUAUGAAAUCGAAGACACAUUGUGUUUUAUGGAAUGGUUCAGUGUUAUUGACUGGAAGUUUCAUAAUAAAAAUUAUAUUAUGCUUUAUUUUCA